CUGGCAACACAGCUUUUGCGAUGACGUCACCCUCUGCAGGUGUUCCUAAUUAGAGCGCUAAUUGGUAAGGACGUGCACAUGUCAGCAGGCUGAGCUCAUCAUCAGCAGUCCCAAACACCACUGCUGGGAAACGCUGAGCAGCCAUGAGGUCUUUGGUAACAACCAGCCAGGCCAGGAAGCUUCUGCACAACAAGUUCGUGGUCAUUCUGGGCGGUUCAGUGCAGCGCUCCAUGUACAAAGACCUGGUGGUUCUGCUUCAGAGCUAUCAGCAUCUGACUCUGUCUCAGCUCAAGUCCAAAGGCGAGUUCUCCUUUCAGGGGGACGUGCUGGUGGAAGGAGGCUGCUUGGGUCCAAAGACAAACGGGACGGAGUACAAAGAGGUCCGACAGUACGUCUCCAGCCACCACCUGCUGCGAUAUUACUUCCUGACGCGCAUCUACUCACCAUACAUGGAGAGUAUUUUGGAGGACUUCCGGCAGGGACUGAGGCCGGAUGUCCUCAUAGUCAACUCUUGUGUCUGGGACCUCACCAGGUACGGCCUGGAGAGUCUGAACGAAUACAAGGAGAACCUCAACAGGUUCUUCAGUGAGAUCAAAGCCAUCGUUCUCCACAGUUGUCUGGUGGUCUGGGUUCUGGCAAUGCCCAUUGGCAAGAAGAUCAAAGGUGGAUUCUUGGUUCCUGAAGUCCGUCACUUGGGUCCCACUCUGUGUUACAACAUCAUUGAAGCCAACUUCUACAGCUCCAAACUGGCAGAUUUCAACGGCUUCGACGUUCUGGAUCUGCAUUUCUACUUCCGCCAUAGCCUGCAGCACCGCAUGCCGGACGGAAUCCACUGGGACGCUCUGGCGCACCGCAGGAUCAGCAGCCUCCUGCUGAGGCACGUGGCCGAGGCGUGGGGCAUAAAGCUGUACGAGGAACCGCGGCGAGUGUCUCAGAAUCAGAGAGAUGGUUUGGAUCACCGUCUACUUGCACCUCCAUGGUCCUGCCAACGAGCUCCUAACUCAGAACUUCUCCAGGGCUCGUGGGGCCAUCAACACCGGCAGUGGAGAGCCCCGUUGGAUGGGUUCCGGCCUCCUCCAGCAUUCCCAGAUGCUCCGGUUUUGGCGGCCUGGCCACAUCAUGUCCAUCAGCGCAGACUGCAGAGCCCUGCUUUUGUUGGAGUUUGUCGUUUUUCCGCUCCAUGUCCUCGUCCAGGUUUUCAGAGAUUUCCUCCUGCUAGGCCAUUGCUACCACACCAGUACCGACCACAGAGCAGAGCUGAACGCUUCCAGAUGGGCUCCCAGUUCAAUACUGGUGGUCGUUUCCAUCCUCGUUUUCAGCGUGAUUUUCCCAUUGAGAGGAGGAGGUGGAGAGGGAUGACGAGCAGAAGGCACCCGUACCCCCAUCAUCCUCCUCCCUGGGUGACAUCUAGACAUUCCUCCUAUGGAUGGUGAAUUCAACAAGCAGAAGCCUGGAGACUUUUGGAGACUAACGAUGUAUUUGGAUGUGCAGGUUGUUUGUGUGUGAAAGUAGAUUUUUAGCAAAGAGGAAAUCAAAGUGAGUUUAGAGUAUAGACUUAAUGAUGCAUUUGGCUUUAAUCGCUUCUGGUCCUGUUUGAUAUUUUGAUAUUGCUCCCA